AUGAAAGGCAAAAUUGCUGAGCAAAUUACAUCAAUGAUUCUGAAACAAUUAGAAAUGGACGACAUUAACAUUCAAGACUGUCGUGGACAAGCAUUUCAUAACGCGGCAGUAAUGGCAGCCUCAACUCAUCGAUGGGAUAUCUUGAUUGAGAUAACUGGUGCAACUUUCAAACGGGCCGGGGAAACGAGAUGGAAUAGUCGAGCAGAUGCAGUGAAAGCUGUGCUUAUAAGAUUCACGAAAAUCAUCGUUGCGCUAGAACGGUUGAUGGAAGAUGCAGAAAAUACAACUACGAGAUCUGAUGCAGGUUUAAUCCUGUCAUUUUUUUUCUUGUCAUUUCUUGGCCUUUGGAGAGAUAUACCUCCUGAAAUUAAUGACACUCAAAAGCACCUCCAAACAAAAGGUCUGGAGUUGCAACAAUGUGCCAUUAAACUAUCAGCGUCGAAAACUUCUCUACUUGUAAGCAGAGACAAAACAGUAGAUGACAUGUUGGCCUAUUCAACCGAAAUUUGUUCUGAAAUGGGAAUCAGCCCAGAGCGUCGAAUUCGCAAAAGGAAAAGAAUGAGCUAUGAAGAAAGAAUCCAUGCUGCUCUCUGCUACGACGCUGAGUUAAGAAGAGAAAUGUUGUCAAUGAUAGAUAGACUGGUUGAAGAAAUAACCUCUAGAUUCGAAAGACUUCACGAUAUUGCAAAGAAAUACACCUUUCUCACACCGUUCAAUUUGUUAGAUAAAAAGUGUAAUUGUGAUGUAGAUGCUUUUGGUGAGAAUAUUAAAAGAGAAAAUUUUCUGGUUGAAAGGGCAAGGCUACAAUAUUAUUUGGCGGCUGUUGACGCUGAAGACAUGGAAGGGCCUUUGCAAGUUCUUCAGUUUAUUCAGAAAUAUAAUCUUAUUGAUUCAUUGCCAAAUAUUGUAAUACUUUUAAAGCACUUCCUAAAUCGUGCCAUUAGUAUUGCUAGCUGCGAACGGUCCUUUUCUAAACUAAAGCUUAUCCAGAACCACUUCAGGUCAACAAUAAUUCAAACAAGGUUGACGGAUUUGGCAAUACUAUCCAUAGAGCGCGACCUUGCGGAUAAAAUUAAUUUUGAUGAAGUCAUUCAAGAUUUCGCGAAGAGGAAGGCACGGAAAAUCAAUUUAUAA